CAGACGCCGUACUGAGGCGCCCCGAGCCUGCUCCGCCUGCAGCUCGGUGCGCUCUCGGCACCCGGGCGCCUUGCCCGGGGCACGGGCGGCUGGCGCACCGCCGCGAGCCGGGUGCAGGACUGGCUAGAGGGGUGUGUGGGGGAGUGUUCGAUUGGAGAUCUGAGCUAUAGCAGAACCCGGCGGACCAGAGCAGCCAUGCUUCCCGGGGUGGGCGUGUUCGGCACCAGCCUCACGGCCCGUGUCAUCAUCCCGCUGCUGAAAGAUGAGGGCUUCGCGGUGAAGGCGCUGUGGGGCCGCACGCAGGAGGAAGCCGAGGAGCUGGCCAAGGAGAUGAGCGUCCCCUUCUACACCAGCCGCAUUGACGAGGUGCUGCUGCAUCAGGACGUGGACUUGGUGUGCAUCAACCUGCCGCCGCCCCUCACCAGGCAGAUCGCUGUCAAAACCCUGGGCAUUGGCAAGAACGUCAUCUGCGACCGCACGGCCACCCCGCUGGACGCCUUCCGCAUGAUGUCGGCCGCCCACUACUACCCCAAGCUCAUGAGCAUCAUGGGCAACGUGCUGCGCUUCCUGCCGGCCUUCGUGCGCAUGAAGCAGCUCAUCGAGGAGGGCUACGUGGGCGAGCUGCUGGUGUGCGAGGUGCAGGUGCACAGCGGCAGCCUGCUGGGCAAGAAGUACAACUGGAGCUGCGACGACCUGAUGGGCGGCGGCGGCCUGCACUCGGUGGGCACCUACAUCAUCGACCUGCUCACCUUCCUCACUGGCCAGAAGGCCGUCAAGGUCCACGGGCUGCUGAAGACCUUCGUGAAGCAGACCGACCACAUCAAGGGCAUCCGCCAGAUCACCAGCGACGACUUCUGCACCUUCCAGAUGGUGCUGGAGGGCGGGGUGUGCUGCACCGUCACCCUCAACUUCAACGUGCCCGGCGACUUCAAGCAGGACGUGACCGUGGUGGGCUCGGCCGGGCGCCUGCUAGCGGUGGGCACAGACCUGUACGGGCAGCGCAACGGCGCCCCACAGCAGGAGCUGCUGCUGCAGGACGCCACGCCCAUCAGCAACUCCCUGCUGCCCGAGAAGGCCUUCAGCGACAUCCCGUCGCCCUACCUGCGCGGCACCAUCAAGAUGAUGCAGGCCGUGCGCCAGGCCUUCCAGGACCAGGACGACCGGCGCACGUGGGACGGGCGGCCGCUCACCAUGGCCGCCACCUUCGAUGACUGCCUGUACGCCCUGUGCGUGGUGGACACCAUCAAGAGGUCCAGCCAGACGGGCGAGUGGCAGAACAUUGCCAUCAUGACCGAGGAGCCCGAGCUGAGCCCCGCCUACCUGAUCAGCGAGGCCAUGCGACGCAGCAGGAUGUCCCUGUACUGUUAGCGCAGGACUGGGGACCUGGGGGGGAUGCAGGUGCUCCACGUGGAGCCCAGAGAGGGAGGGAAGGGGGGGGGGGGGGCAGAGGCGGCCUGGAGGAGUGCCCGGCGGGAAGGUGGAGAGGGGGCAGUGUGAGUAAGUGGCAUCUGAGGAGGUGAAUCCCAGCCCGGGUGAGGGGCACUGAGGAAGACUGUCGGCAGGCCGAGCUAGUAACAGCCUGGGAGUAUUGGGGGGGGGGGCAGAGGGGCGCCUGCCAUUCCUGAUGUCAUGCCUGCCGGCCAUUUGCAUGAAGGAGAAAGGCUUAGCUUCUGUUGCCCCUUAUCAUGAGAAGCAGAGAGGGCGUGCUUUCCUCCUCACCUCAUCCACCCCCUUCACCUUGGCCUCCUUGGCAAGCCAUAGUCUCCUGCCAUCGGUGGGCAAGCUCAGUGGGUGUUGGCUCCCCAACCCCUGCCCCGCCCCGCACCGGCUGCACCUGCUUCUAGCAGGAGAAGGCACAUCCCCAUCUGUCCGCAGAAGCCUAUUAGUCUGGGGAGAAGUAGGGGUACAGUGGGCUCAUGAGAACAUUCAAAUUCCAGGAAGCCACUUAAAAUGUCUGGAGGAAAGAGCACUUGGUAGCAAAGUGCACAGCGAUCUUGAUGGAUUGGUGUUCCUCACAGGAAGCAGGAAGGAGUGUCUUCCCAAUUGGUUCAUUGCCUCUCGCCCGGCCUGAGAUGGGGUAAGGGAGGGCCAGGAACAGCAAGUGAGCCAGAAGGAGAGCCCCAGAGCACACGGGGCCUGGAGACAGAUGAGGCAGAGAAUCCACUAGCCCUUUGGGUUUGCCAGCAAUUAAAAAAUUGCAAGGAGCCACCUUAUACUACUACUUCGGGUGGGGUAGAACUGAGUGUAGGGGAUCUUGCUACUGAAGUGUCGUUUUACGUGGCUCUCCGGCAGGGUCAAAGGCACAGCAGAAGUGGGUCUGACCACAGGCUCACUUGCUGGGGCCGCCCCCAGUGUUGCAGUGGGGAUCUCCCAGCAGGUGGGAAGGUGAGCCAGCCCUGGAUGGGCUUUGGGCUCCAACCCCCAUGUCUCCUACAGAGCUGGUAAAGGACUUUUAGGAGAUUCACCCAGCUUCGUGGAUGUAAAAGGGAAGCCUUCAGUUCCACGCAGAUAAUAAUCUUCUUCCCUUAAAAGAAAAAAAAGGUCAAGGCUCUUUUCCUUAGCUUUGACCUUUGCUUUUAAGAUGCUGACACCUGCCAGUUUUUGAAUAGGUAUUAAACAAAAGGACAACCAGGAACAUAAUGUUCAGUGUUUCUAAUAUGGGGUUUUAGAGCUCUCAGGGGUGUGUCUUCAUGUAGGGUUGAGAAGGUUAAUGUUGGAGAAAACCGUAUUCUUCCUUUCCUUUGUCUCUUGUUUCUCUUGUCUUGUCACUCUCUGCUUCUAGAGCUUUUACUGGAGAUGGUAGCUGCAGUCUUGGAGCAGGUAGUUCCAAAGGGAACAACUGAAGAUACACACACACACACACACACACACACACACACACACACAUGCACAAAUUAAGGGUUGGUCAGUGUUCACCACCAUCAAAUGUCACUGAAACAGUUCUUAAAAAUUCAGACCUUUCUCGAAAGAAACACCAAGUUAAACAGCUUGAAAACAGGGGAUUAACCUUUUCCUAAUCCUUCAUUCCGCAUCGACGUUUGUCAGGCUUGGAUGCAGAGACCAUUGCUUGUAAAUCUACAUGGCUCUUCUUUACAGGUCACAGAAAUCCAAAAGUUGUCUCUGGCACACAGCUGAGGUGUCGACAUCUCUUCAGGUGACUGGUGGUAGAAUCGGAAGGGAAUUU